AUACUACAUAAUGAAAAUACCCCAUUACAAGUUAGAAUCCUGCAAUGUACUCAGAACCUCCCUUUCAAACUAUGUUAAUCCCUAGGGGAUAAAUAAAGUAUCUAUCUAUCUAUCUAUCUAUUAUUACAUCUGGAAUAAUUAGUUGAUUAAUUAAUACGUCAGUUGACAUAAAAUGAAUUAUCAAUAUUUUAGUUUUUCCACAUAAAAACACCCCAACAUUCUCUAACUUGUACCUCUCCAGUGUGAGGAUUUGCUGCUUUUCAGUUUUAUUUCAUUGUAUAUUAAAUCAUUUAUAGACCAAACAAGUAGCUAUUCAAGAAAGUAGUUGUCAAAAUAACUGAUGAUGAAAAAAAAAAUUAUUUAUUGCAACCCUUAAUUAUUACACUUUUACGUUAUUAAAUUAUGUUAUAUCAAUAAGAUAUUACUACUGUUGCAUUAACGUUGAAGUUGCUAGAAGCAGAGCUAAUUUUGACUAUGUACAUUCUUGGUUGGUCUUGUUCAUAAUAAUUAUAUAAUCAUAUGUUUUGUCUGUAAAAUCUCAAAGAAACAUAUGCAAAAUGACUAGUAACUAAAGUUGUCAAAUAAAUACAGUGGAGUAGAAGUGUACAGCAGAAUAAUAUAGGCUACUAGCAUGUACUCAAGAAAGGUACAGGUCCCUCACCAGUGCGGCCUUCACAGACUGGUGAUAGUAUAGGAUUUACAAGUAACUGUUACUGCUAAAUAUGACUGAUUUUUCUACAGACCUGAGUGACUGGACGUAAGUUCUUCUCUACACCUUCACCACCCACUAUCUCCUCCUGUCAUCACUAUGGAUUCCUCUGCAGUCCUUCGUCAGCAAAGUCGGAACAAAAUUUGCAGUGACUUUAUGAGAAUGAAGAAUGAUCAUAACAAAAUGCCAGCAGACUCAAAGCCUUCCAAACUUGUGUCUGCAUCUCACCUUUCUAAACAAGAAAGUGAGAACAAAGAUCCAGGAAUCUCAGAAAUAGGCAGAAAGGCACCUGUGCGACCAGGUGUAAGCAGGCUACCGGUGCUUGCAAAGUCUCUUCAUCUUCAGACUCCUUCCAGCUUCAGUCAGUCCCACUGUAGAUGGGAGGAGAAACCUCUGGCUGGGAAAGCUAAGAAGAAAAAGCCAUGCACCAGGCCUGUGCCGUUUAACCUGUCUCAGCCUAAGAGUUCAAGAACGACCAGCGAAAAUCAACUGCCCCUAACUGUGCCACAAUCACAGACUGGCGCUGAUGCUGUCCAACCUGAAAAAAAUGUAUGCAAUCCUCGUCUUAAGACCCAAACCAUAAAUUCAAAACCUUCCAAACAUCAAGCUGUGUUAAACAGCCACGUGGACUCAACACACAAGUCUCAUCGAAAGGCUACAGAAAAUAUAUCCAACCUGUUGGCGAAGUCUGGGCUUCCCAACAUUUUUAAGACUUCAGCCACUUUGUCCAGUCCUCUGUCAGCCAUUCCUAACAACACUCUGCAGGACAGUGCUCCUUCUUCUGCACAGACUGCUCUUAGUGCAGAGACCUUUUUGGAAAACAUGAACCUGCUCAGUCUCAAAGAUCCGACCAAGACCUUGCACAUCAGCCAGAACACAGAGCUGACCUCACAGGUUCAUUUUUCAAAGGGUUCAACUGACAAAGGGGAGAACUUCCAGCCCAACCAUGCAGCUUUGCUCAGUAUCCUGCGGAACGAGGGAGUCAGCACCACAGAUCUGGGAUCUGCAUCUCCACAGUCUAAACCGUACAAUUAUCUGCCCCAGCGGGUGUCUGUCAUGAAGAGUCGACAAAAAGCUGGGCCCACCACAGCAAAGUUGGUGCCGUUCUCCCCGGACCCCGCUGCACUGCAAAGUAUCCUCCAGAACGAGGGGGUGAAGGCUGGAGGGCUCGCAAGUGCCACGCCCCGAAAGUCUGUGUGUCCGUCAGGCAGAGGCACUUCAGUCUACACAGCUCAGAGAGUGCCGGUUAGGAAAAAUCAUGCAGAGGCGACCAGUGGACCAGUGGCACUAGCGCUCAGAGAGACUCCACUGAAGAAAUGGACUCCGCAGAGAGUCCGCGACACCAGACAUCAGCCCAUGUCUUCUAUGAAAUGGCAUCUGUCGACACCGUACGCUGCCACUCCCGGGCUGAAGAGCAAAACCAACCUUCAGCCGCACCAGGAGCAGGAGGUCGUCCAGAGAUUAUUUGAGGAUCAAGAGGACGAGCAGAACACAGACGUGACAGACAAAGAUCCUGAGACACAAGCAGAGCAGCUCCCAGUUCAAGCCUCAAGUACCAAAUCCCGCUGUGAAGAAAAGUUAGAGAGCAGAGCUAACAUCAGCAAGGAUGAGGAGCAGGAGCGGACGGUUGCGGGAGAGCAGCCGUUCUUUCAGGCACCGCAAAGAGAGUCGGUCAUUUUUUUCUCAACGGGCAAAAAGCUGCUCAGAGCUCCACGUUUUGAGAAGCAGGAGAGCUCUUGUGAUCAGGAUCAGCAUGGUCCAGUUUCAUCAGAACAGAGAACGGUGCAGCCAGUACAAGAAGAGAUGUCAUCUGUGUCAGAACCGAGCGGUCAGAUCAACCCUCCUGUUCAGAGUCUGCACAGAGACAUCAUUGUUCAGCGGAGUUGUGGUCUGAGUCCUGCAGUUGCGUUGCUGCGUAAGCGUCUGCCUCCUCUGGAGGAGCUGCGUAUGGACGAGGAGGUGGCCAACUACACCUCGGUGUCUGUCCCGUCUGCUUCCGGGUUUCUCCCACUGCGGCCUCGCUGUGGAAACCCGCUGGCCUCCAUCCUGCACUUCGAAGAGUCCUCUAGAUUUGUUCCAAUUGGCUUCGAUCUCCCCUCUGGUCCUUCCUCUCCACACAGCUCUCCACUGCAGGAGAGAUGAUUUGCACUACAAGUACAGUAUUUGUUUUUACUGUGAAAGUCCAGAGUGGAUAAGCUUACUCCCUUGUACUGAUGACUGAGAGUUUCUCUAGUGGAACUGAUGAUGUUUGUCCAACACUGCUGUUGCCAGCCUUAACACAGGUCUAAAGAACGCUACUGGUGUCAUUUUUUUCAAACCGUUUGUCUUACAAAUGUUUAUGAUUUUACUUUUUAAUAGAUGCUUUCUAAAACAAAAAAAUAGAGGUUAUAUGUGUUAAAUGAGGCAUCUUUUAUACUGAAGGCACUCAUCUUUGUCCAUAAUGUAGAUGCACAGCUCUUACAUAUUAUGUUUAUGACAUGAAUCCAAACCUAAAUGUGGGAAAAGUAAAUGUUGUAAAAGGUCAAUGAAGACACUAGACUUCAUCAGUGUUAUAGCUACAGCACGCACGUAGAUUAGGAACAUUGUUAUUAGUUAUUUGCAAUUUUUUAAAAACCAGAAUCUUGUUGUGGAUUGAAAACGAUUAAAAUUCAUAAUGUACAGUGUUUAUAAUAAAUGUAUAUAUGUUA